CACCACCAUUUUUUGCCUGGAGAUGCUCUAAGCAUUUUAAAGGGGGGAAAGUGUAAACCGACAUCAGGCUGGCAACGGGCGGAUAUCUGUUCUAGGGUUUAGCAUUCAAGGUGGAAGCAGAAAGAUGCGGGAUCGCUACCAUUUCCCGGAAGAGCUCCUGAUCGAAAUCAUCAUCAGGCUCCCCAUCAGGUCCAUCGUACGCUUCACCGCCGUUUCUAAAUCGUUGUUCUCCUUCAUCACCGGCCCCGCCUUCGUCGCCGCCCACCUUCGCCACUCCCGCUCCAAAGACAAUUCCGCCGGUAGCCUCCUCCUCCUCCGACGAUUCGACGAUUUAUCCUGCAAGGAAUCCUACGCAGUACUGGACGAAACACUCACCCCGAUUACUUCUCUCGAUCUCCGCCCAGCAAUUCCAUGUCGGGUCAGGCAUUAUCGCGUGAUUGGCUGCUAUAACGGCGUCGUUUGCUUAUCCGACAACUUGGUUCGCGUUUCACGAAUUACGCACCUGUGGAACCCUAGCAUUCAGAAGCUCAAGACCUUACCGCCUCCUACUCUUAGAUCAUGCCCGUUCAGGACGAUACUUGGGUUUGGCGCAAAUCCAGAGUGUGCUGAUGAUCUCAAGGUGGUCAGAGUUGUGUUUGGAGGGACAGGACUGGAAAUUUCCAAAGUCCCACAAGAUGUUGAGAUUUUUUCAGUCAUCACUGGAAAGUGGAGAAGGAUAUCGGCUGCUGGGGCGAAUCUUCAUUCGGGCAGUUUCAGUUCCAGUCCUCCGACUUUUGCCCAUGGAGCACUACAUUGGAGCAGUGGCAAAUGGCUGGAGAAUGAGGAAUACAAGCAAUACAUAACAGUUUUCUCCAUGGCUGAUGAGAUCUUUGGGGAGCUUAUGCUGCCAGAUGAAUUGGCCAAUGAUGAUGCAUCAAGCUUAAAUAUGAUGGAGUUUGGUGAGACAAUCGUUGUUUUUAAGUAUGGACGGUAUGGUGAUCAAGAGAUUCACGGUGGCCGUUUCUGUGAUAUGUGGAUGAUGAAAGAGUAUGGAGUUGUGGAAUCUUGGUGUAGGCUGCACCAUAUAGAAUUGGUUCCAUGGAUGCAAAGAAUUGUUGGCAUUAGAGAAAAUGGUGACCUUUUGAUGUCUACUGACCAAGGAGAGCUUGUUUCGUAUUGCCACAAUACGGAAGGCAUUCAUAAACUUGGAAUUUAUGGGUCUGGGUCUUCAUAUUUUACUGGUAAAUACUUGGAAUCUCUUGUUCUGAUUCAAGAACAAAGCUGCAUUAUCCAUGGGCUAUCUGAAGGUAUCACAAGUAUGUCGAUUUGAAGAGGACAUUCAAGGAUAUAGUCUGGUACUGUCGUUUGUUCUAAGGGUAAUUAAGUUCGUUCUUGGAUUUAAAAUACACUCCCUAAGAAUGUUAGAUGAGUAUCUUGAGACUUGAGCUUGAGCCUCCUACAAGAAUCACUUGGAGCCUGUUUGGAAAUAACGCUAGAGAUUAACAUUAGCGUUCUGGAUAAAAUUUUAAUGGUACAGAUUACUUUCAAAACGUUAACGCUAAACGCCAUUCGUAGAUAACUUUUUGAAAAUGCUAACGCUAAUUUCUAACGCUUUUCCCAAACAGGCCCUCCAUCAGUAUUAUUGAAUGAAUUGAAAAUUUUGCU